AUGACCACUGCUACGCUCUCCUCCAACAUCACCAAAUCUCUUCCUCAACCCGCCCGGUACCGAAAAUUAUGUGCUGCUACUCCACGAUCGGUUCCUGGAACGACGCAAUCGCUUGCGCAAUUCGAAGUUAGACUCUCCGUUAUCACAUCGGCCAGUGCCGCUAAAGAUCUCAUCAACACGAUGCGCAUCCUCAUGCAACAAGGAAGCCGCCGAAGACAAUUGGUCGAGCCACGCCGACAAAAGGUCCGGGAUUUGGUUAAUGGAAUGGAACAUGUGGAGAUACAGAAGCUGUACGAGGAAUUUGCGAGAGUACAUAACGAAAGAGAGAACAGGUCGACAUUCAGACUACCGCUCUUGGAUCGUGCCCAAGAGAACGGAGACGAUCCGGUGAACCAGGACACUACCGAUACAACAUACAGGCUUGAGAUGGAAGUAGCUAACAACCUGAACAACGAGAUAAGCAACAACGGUUUGGGACAUACCGAGAUAGUGGAAGUAGCGGAGCAUACCUCGAGGACCAUUGCACAAGUGUUGAGUUCUCCUGACACCAUGACAUCUCGCGGUGCAACAAAAGGAUCCUCGCCGCUCCCAGCGCCUUCACCACCGUUGGAUUCAUCAUCCACUCUCGAGCCAAGCGACACUACUUACGACGAGGAAGUCCAUGGUGCUUGCAUAGUAGUCCCAAUUCAGAACCCCAGAGACUUCCCUUUGAGACGUAUACAAAAGGUCCAAGCCGACUACUACCCCUCAACACUCAUGACUGCCAUGUGGGUGCACCGUAACCAGUCCAACGAAAUCACCCAGGUAACCGGCGAUCUCGACAAAGGACCUGUUAACCAUAUCAUAAUUCAUAAUCAGCGCAUCAUUGAAUCUCUCGGUCUUGGUGAGCCACCAUUCGACAUCAUAACUCUACAACCCCCAAGCCGUGUAGACGAGACAUACGACAUACGUAUCCUUCCAGGCCAAAACCCUGAAGAUCUUGAUUCCUGGGUUGUUGGCGAGCUCGUAUUCGCUCGACACGCGUACCUGUAUUGGCUUGAUGGCAGACAAUGCUCGGAUCCAAAAACACCGCCUACUGUUGCUGAAGCGAGGGCUAUAGCUACAAAGACGGGCAGAAGGGCAUUGGACGUCAAGAUGGAGAUUGAUGCGUAUUGGAGGAUGGAGUGCGGGACUGGAGGAAACAAAGUUAGAGAGAAGCGAGUAGUGUAUCUGGGCGAGGAUCAGAAUAUCCUGACGGUGCCGAGGUGA